UUGCGCACGAAACGUCAAAAAUAGCGACUCGGGAAAAAACACGUCAGUAAUUUGCAAGUUUAAAUUACCAGAGAAUUAAUGAAAUAAUCGUAUUUAUACUUUAAUCCCCGAUAAUGUGUUAUCGAAAUUAAAUACGUGGUUGAGUAGUAUAGUUCGCGUAAAUAGAAUUUUACUUUUAAGUGACUGCGAUUUGUGUAUGUCUAAAGAAGAUUUCGGUGUGCUAUUCGCAGCAGGCCGGUAACCUUUAGGCUUAUUUGGUAAAACAUGGGAUUCGAUAAACGGAUUAAAUUAAACCUAUUUACAUGGUUUAUUACCCUGUCUACAGUUUUCUGCUCAGUGCAACCACCGGCAAUUAACCCUGGCAUUUUUAAUACACCGAAUACAAUCGGAGAGUGCCACUCUUGUAAAAUAUUCGUCGAAUCAUUCAACAAGGGCCUCGAGAGAACCUCGAGAGGGAAAUACGAGGGCGGAGACGCAGCUUGGGAGGAGGAAAAGCUAAAAUCCUAUAAGCGCAGUGAAUUACGAUUGGUGGACAUACAGGAAGGCAUUUGUAAAGAUGAAUCCAAAUACGCCAUACAGUGCCAUCAUGUGGCGAAUAAGGCUGAGGAAUUCAUAGAGGAAUGGUGGGCCCAAGACCCUAAUGAGUCAGAAGACUUAUACUUGUACAUUUGUAUAGAUAGCCUUAAGGUUUGCUGCCCUAAGAACCAUUUCGGGAAGGACUGUAAACCAUGUUUAAGUAAUUUGUGCAGUGGUAAUGGGAAAUGUAGGGGGGAUGGUACAAGGAAAGGUAAUGGCACUUGUCUUUGUGAUGCAGGCUAUAUUGGAGAGAUAUGCGAUCAAUGUGCUUUAGGAUACUUUAUGUCCUAUAAAGAUGAUAACAAAAUACUCUGUUCAGAGUGCCACAAAGCUUGUCUUGGAGGUUGUCAGGGUGGUUCGCAAAAAGACUGUGUUGCCUGUAAACCAGGCUUCAUUUUCGACGCUACAGCUGGCUGUCUAGAUAUAAAUGAAUGUGAGGAUACAAAAAAAUGUAAAGACAACCAGAUUUGUUUGAAUUCCCUUGGUUCCUACACUUGUAUGGACUGCGACAAGGCUUGCAAUGGCUGUCAUGGUGUUGGACCAGAUAUGUGCAUUAAAUGUGCACAAGACUACUCUUUGGACGGAGAGUAUUGCGUACGGGAUAGUAAUGAAAUGGACAACAGUGAAAUAUUAGCAUCUACAAGGUACAUGUCAUACGUCGGUUUUCUCAUAACGAUUGCUAUUUUGAUCCCGAAGUCAACAUAUCUGGCAAGCAUGGUUGGCACCAUGGUGAUGUGCUACAUAAUGGGUGCAGAGUAUUACUGUAUGAUAAACGGACACACAGGGCUUGUGAAUCUAACUAACUACGACUUAUUCCAGCUACUUCGUACAUAAAUGUAAGCUAGAGCGUAAGCCAGAGUUAAGGAGGAAGGGGGGGUUAUCCAGGGCUGGCCUCCGGCUUUUUAUAAAUUUACACAUUUAUCUAUCAAAAUAUAAUAAGUAUAAUAACCUUUUGUAUGACAACAAUAGUCAACACAUGUAUUAUUGUUUUAUUUUGUCCUGAAUUUUCUUAAUGAAUAAUAUGAUGGGGCUAGGCUUCGUAGAAGCUGGUCAGAGUAACCAAACAUCUUUCAGAAUUAGAGCAGUUAAUUUGAAAUAUUUUGUAUUUUUUGUAUUUUUCUCUUCUAUGUUACCAAUAUAGUUAUAUCACCUAUAUCAAUGAACAUUAAGAUUUAAUGUAAUUAUAGACAAGUACUAGACAAAUCUGUGAAAAACAUGGGCCCCACUGAAGGUAAUCCUGGCUACGCCCAAGUGAAAUCAAUAACUUUAGAAAUAAAAAUAAACUUGGCUCAAUUGAAUGGUCUGAAAGUAUAGUAGGUAAUACUUGAAGACUGUUGAUUCGGUUUAUUUAAGGUAAACAGUGUAUAAGAAUAAGCGUCAAAAUGUAUUUGCAAUAUUUUUUUUUUGCAUUUCUCUUUGCAAUAUUAGAUGCAUUGUACGGGUCAUCGAGUUGCCUAUAUUUGGAUGAAAUAUCAGUAAUUAGAAAAAAUCUUAGACAACCAAAAUACUCAGUCAAGUCAUAGUAUUUUUAAUUUUGUCCCAAAAAUUUUAUUAAAAAAAUAUUUACGCUCAUUCAGCACCUUAAGACAAGCUAGAUUUUUUAAACUGGACUUUUAUUGAGACCUUUGUUUAAGAUAUUUUCACUCCAUCUGGCAGUUCUCAAACUAGAUGUAAUGUAAAGUAUUGGUAAAUAUAAAUAAUAAACGAAAACUUAUUACUGUAUACUGAAUUUAUUAAAUGUAGA